AUGUUUCAAAUUGAUGUCUCCACUGUGAACGCAAACCAUAUUGAGAGAUGGCUCUCCACGGGGAAACGGGCGAAGAAAGCCGAUAGAAAGGGGGUGUUGUUGUUUAGUCAUAAUUUGCACCUGUCUACCAAUUUAGACAUGAAAGAUAUGAUCGUAGAUGAAGAGCUGGAAGUUAAGAUGAAAAAGCCAGUGAUUUCCUCCCAUUCCAUAUUAAUGCAGUUUAAAGGGGAGAGACUUUACUCUCUCUUCAAUCUUCACUUUGAAGAAGAAUACACUCAGCUUAUCUCUGCAAUCCAUUUUCUAAUGACAAAUGCCAAAGUAUAUGCUACUAAAAUGUUUCAUACAGGUGGAUUUACAGCUAAGGGACUAAAAAUAAGGAACGGAGUACUCAGUUUUGAUCUAGGUUUUGAGAUGUUUAUGGAUAUGAGCGUUUCACCAGUUUUACCCGAUGACGUUUUAAAACACUUAAACUCGCUUGUUGAAUUAGUAACCAUUCCAGAACCCACGGAGUAUCAAAUGUCAUGCUCAAAUUUGACGCCACCGUCAGUUCAUUCAUUUUACUCUUUAAUCACUGAAAAUACCCGCAAAAGCUAUAAUUCUAACGUAAGAUUCCUGGAAAUCGAAGGAAUAUCGAAAACACUAUUACCUUUUCAGGUGGAUUCACUCAAAUGGAUGCUUGAGCAUGAAUCGGUGGAAAUGAAAAUUAAUGCUGAAGGUUUCUCCUUGUCAGAUAUCAAAUUCAAAAGUGAUGUUGAUAGUAACGCUUUAUCGAUAUAUUUAGAUAGAAUUAUGCCAGGUUGGACGAGAAUAAAGUUUUGCACACAACCUACGAUAUAUUGGUAUAAUAAAUAUACAGGAUCAAUAUGUACAUAUGAUACGGUUAUGGAUUACUUCGCUUCAUUGGAUUUUGGGCGACCUCCUGCUAAGGGAUUUUUAUGCGAGGAGAUGGGAUUGGGUAAAACAUUAGAAAUUACCACUCUCAUCAAGCUAAAUCCACGUAAGAGUUUGUCAUAUAAUAUGAAAUAUGAUAUUUUAGAUCCAAGCCGUAGAAUAAAAGAGUCAAAAACUACCUUGAUUUUAUGUCCUGAAACAAUUUUAAGCCAGUGGAAUGAAGAAAUACGUGCCGUGUGUCCAGAAUUAAGUGUCUAUGUAUACCCUGGUAUUCUCUAUAUGGAAGAAAAAGAUCAUUCUAUAACACCUACAUCUGUUGGUGAGAUGCUUGCUUCUUAUGAUAUAGUGCUGACAUCCUAUAAUAUACUUUCAAGGGAAUUAGAUAGGGCCAUAUUCAAGCCUACUACUAGGCCCAAGAGGAAAAACAACUAUGAACGUAUAGAUUAUUCUUCUCCGUUGAUGUUACUUGAAUUCUACAGGUUGGUAUUGGACGAAGCUCAACUUGCUUCAAUUUCAAUAUCUCGUGUGGGCCAUUUUUCUAGAAUCAUUCCAAGGGUGCAUACGUGGUGUGUUUCGGGUACUAUAAUUAGGAAGGAUUUACAGGAUUUACAUUCGUUAAUGAGGUCUUUAAGGUUAUAUCCACUAGAUAAGAUUUCGUCAGAGCAUUGGGAGCACAUACCUCGUCCACUUUUUGACAGAUUAUUUAAAAGUAUCUGUAUCAGGCAUACCAAGGAGAUGAUUGGUAAUCAAGUAAAUCUCCCAAAACAGACUCGAAUUAUGCUAAGAUCACCCUUUUCUACCAUUGAAUAUGAUAACUAUUGUGACUUGUUUAGUCGAUUUUUGGAGCAAGUUGGAUUGAAUAGUAAUGGUGAACCUAUAGGUGAAGGAUUUGACUAUGACCGAUCUAAAGCAGGCAUGAGAGUUUGGAGUUCAAAGUUGAGAAUGAUUUGUUGUCAUGCAUUAUUGGCGGGAGAUCAGUUGAGGAGAAAUAUGUAUGUUGAUGCAAGUAAUUCCCCUGUAUUGGCGACCACAUCAAAACUGAAAAAGAAUCAUGAAUUCAUUAUGGGUACGUUGGAAGAUGUCUUAAAAGAUUUGAUUUUACGAAAUGAAUUGGAAAGUAGUACUUCCUUUUUAAACUGUAUUAGGAGCAGAUUAAAACUAGGUAAGAUAAAUGAAUUCUUAAGGCAACCAGAAGAGUCUGUUAAAAUUUUUAGAGGCCUUAUAGAUGAAAUCAAUGAGAAGAUCAAAGAGUAUAAAAACUAUAGAAGAAAAGAUGAUGAAGAUACUAAAAUCACUUGGAGCUUGAGGAUAAGAAAUUUAUUAGAAUGUUUACACCAGUCAUAUUUCAUGUUAGCAUCCGCUUAUUAUCAACACUAUAGACCUAUGCAUCCCCUUCCUGAUAACUUCAGUGAUUUAGUAGACCUAAACAACAGAGAAAAUGACAACGAAGAUGAAAAUGAAAAGAACAAUAAUAUUAGCAAUACACUAACUGCUGUGGAACAGAGAUUUCAUGAGUUAGAAGUUAGGUAUUAUGGAAAAGCCGAUGAAAUUUUGAAUAUUUUGCUAGAGGAGCCGUUGAAAAGGACGGAUGAAAGUAUCCUUAAACUAGAGGAAUUGUUUGGAGGAUAUGAAAAAUAUCAAAUCAAAGAAGUUCCAAAAUCAUUUGAAGACGUUGAAGAAGAUGAUGACAAAAGGAAUGUUACGGAAGAAGUUGGAGCAGGUUCAAUAGAAUUGCCACUUAUUUGCGAUAGUAUUCCAAGUUAUCAGAAAACGUUUGAGGAGUAUUCAACAUCUCUAGGUAUAACCUUUGUUCUCAACCGUGCCAAGGAGUGUAUCGAACAACUCAAUGGACAGUCUACCAUUAUAAACUGUUGGUUUCAAACGUUGUAUGAAUUUCAGCGUGUCCCUGUGACCGAUGAUACAGAAAAAACAGGUAACGAAUACUUCUCGUAUCUUUUACUGCAAGAGAAUUCGCAAGCAUAUAUUGACCAGCUUCAGUUAAUUCUAGAAGACCGUGAAAAGGCAAUUAAUUCAACGGAAGAUAUGUUGUAUACGAAUAGUACGAAUAAAUUCCAACGUACAUUUAUGGAAAGUGGAACUAAAACAGAGCUUUAUCAUGAGUUGGAGACAUUACGGAAAGCGUACAUUCCUCAGGGCACUUUAAACCCAAGGUAUUCUUUACAUACUGCUGUUCUUGAAUUGGUCGGAGAACUACAGGGGUAUCAAGCCGGUACUCUGCAGUAUUCUACCAUUGAUUAUCUUGUUAAACUAUUGAAGGAUUGCAUGAAAGGCGAAUUGAACAAGUUGAGCACUAUGAAAACAAAGGUGUUUGAUGUUGUAAAUGCUGUUUUCAACGCAAAGGUUGCUUAUUUCAAAGCUUUACAAAGUAGAUCUGAUUCUUUGACUAAUUACUUUCCUGAUAAAUUGGGCGAUUCUCCCAAAUAUGUUGCAUUGAUGGAAAUUCAGGAGAUUAGUAAGAAAAUCGACAAUGAGAAAGUGAAGAUGAAAAACUUGAAUAACCGACUGAAUUAUUUAAAAACAUUAAGUACUAAAAGAGAGCAAGACUCUACCGAAUUUGGUGAGGAUUCUUGCGUUAUUUGUAGAUUCAAAAUUUUAGUUGGAUCACUAACUCAAUGUGGACACAAAUACUGUCGUGAUUGCUUAGCGGAGUGGAUGAAAACCAAAAAAACAUGCCCUAUGUGCAAUAAGAAGUUGAAGGAGGAUGAAUUGUAUAAUUUCAUCUACUCGAGGGGCGGUUUGAAAGGUGAAGUUAUUGAAUCCUUGCAUGAAAACAGGGAAGAAGUUCAUCGGAUAACUAGUCACAAUCAGAACAAUGGCAUUGCUGCUGAAGAACAGCAUGACCUAGAACGUAUCAAAUUGCUCAAAAAUAGAAGGCUAUUUGAGAAAGACAUGGAUUAUGUUUAUCAAGAGCUCCCUACUUUUGAAUUACGUGAUAUCUCCAACAUCCCCUUGAAAAGAAAAUAUGGAACUAAAGUAGACAUGAUUAUUAGACAGGUUAAGUACCUCAUCAAUAAGACCCCCGGCACUCAGAUUUUAAUUUUCUCGCAAUGGAAUAUGUUUUUAUUACUUUUAGGUAAGGCCUUAAGAUAUGAAGGUGUUGAGCAUCGUAGUUGGAUGGAUAAAACCAUUAGCAGUGGUAAAGCUAAGAAAAAGGGGGAAAAUAGCAAGUUGAAUCAAGAUAUUACUGAUUUCAAAAAGGAUUCCUCUAUUAGCUGUUUUUUGUUGAAUACGGUAGCACAAGCUGCUGGGUUGACGUUCACCAACGCCUCCCAUGUUUUCUUAUGUGAACCUAUCGUCAACUUGUCUUUUGAGCUCCAAGCCAUCAACAGAAUUCACAGAAUUGGGCAAACUAGGGAGACCACGGUCUGGAGUUUUAUCAUAGAAGGAACGAUAGAGGAAAGUAUUGCAUAUUUGUCUACUAAAAAGCGGAUUCAAGCAGCAAAAGUUAGAAAAAAUGCACCCUCUGAAGAAAACAAUGAGAUAGAAGAAAUUGAUGAGAACAUCUUAGAGGCAAAAGAGCUCACUAAAGUGAAUGAUAGCAGCAAAAAGGAAGGUGAAAUAAUUGCUGAUGAAGAUUUAUGGGCUGCAUUUUUCGCAGCUAGAUCUGCACAUGUUGUCGAUAGUGUCUUUGUAUAA